UUGAAAGCGAUGAUUAAUUUCCCACAUGGCUUCAUUUCUGGAUUGCGCUCAUAUCGUCUCUGUGUGCCUUGCCAGGAUAGAUAUGAUUGUUGGGGCCCCUCCCCCAUCAACACCUCGCCAUAAGAAGUCCACUGAAAGUCCUAGAGUUGACCAAAUAGUGGGUAAAGCUUCAAAAGGUGAGGCGGAGUCUUCAGAGGACCCAAGCAUGAUGGGACGUCUGGUCAAAGUUGAGAAACAGGUGGUCUGCAUGGACAGAAAGCUGGAUUUUCUGGUCCAUGUGUAUAUUCAACGCAUGGGCAUUCCUCGCUCUGAGACGGAGGCCUUUUUUAACUCCAAAGAACACUAUCCAGCACCGCCUUACCACAGCCCUGUGGAGAACAAGGGGAAGGAGGAGAUGGUGAAAGAAGAACGAGAGAUGAAGGACUUCUUGUGCAAUGAUGGGUCUUUAGAGCAGAAAGAGCCUUUAUCGGAUGUGCGUGUGUCGGGAUCAGUGGUUUCCCCGACUGUUAGUCACAGUCGCCCUUCUACCUCGUGGCAGCAUCAGCUGCAGCACCCCGUCAGCCAGCCGGCCUGGAACAGCAGCGUGGCCAAUACCCCUUCGCCCGUCUGUGGCAACGAUUCCCCCCGACUGUUCCGCCUUCCCCCUCCGCCCGCUCCGCUCCAUGACCGUUCCAGCCAAGAAAGCGGCUCUCUCAGCAGGAAACGACACCGGAGGCAGAGGCGGCGCCCACAGGACGCCACCAACGCUGGUAGCGACACGUCCCUCUCCAUUCCGUCUGUGGACCACGAGGAGCUGGAGCGCUCCUUCAGUGGCUUCAGCAUCUCUCAGGCCAAGGAGGAUUUUUUCGGGGCGUCCUUCGUUCUGGGCUCCGGUGGCGACGGAAGAGGAGAGUCCAUAGCAGUGACUGAAGCCGGAGUCCCACCUCCACUCUGUGCCAAGGUGAGGCCAUUCCUAGCGGAGGGCGAAUCCGACACAGACUCGGACCUCUACGCCCCCUCCCCCCUGUCCUUCACUGGAGAGGCCUCCUGUGGGGAGAGAGGGUGGCCCGGACUCAAGUAGCGCUGCCCACCUCUGCCCUGCUUGGCAAAGAUGCCAAAAUGGUCACGUGACCCAGAAGCAAAUAUUGUUCAUAAUUUUGACCUGGUGAUUUACAACUGAACAUGGACAAAAUACGCACUCGGAACGAACACUGUCUUUGUCUGGGAUGUACCGUAACACAAUAAGGAAUGUUUUAAUGCAGACGUGCAAAACUCAUUUUUGGCAGAGGCCAUAUCGUAGUUAUGGUUUCCCUUGAAGGGCCUCUUGUACUAUCACAUAUACACAACAAAUUCAUGAACGAGUAGUUUUGAAAUCAGAAGCCAGUCAAAAGAAUGUUUGUCCUACUACUUUUCAAUUUAUUUUGAAAACGAAAGUUGGUAGUGAAAAAUGCUUGCUAUAUCGCAAUGUUAUGAAAAGACAAGUUUGUUCUACUACGUUUUAGUUUAUUUUAAAAGGGAAGUUGGUAGCGAAAAAUGCUUGCAAUAUCGCAAUGUUAUUAAAAGUCAAAAAGACAAAUUUUGGUACUUUAGCAAGAAACAUGAAGUCGACGCACAUGAUUUGUCACAUAAUAGGAGGGGUGGGGGGGCAGAUUUGCCCCCCAGCCUUGAGUUUAACACCUGUUUAAUACUUUGCAUAAAUAGAACAAAUAAUGAUUGCGUUCAUUUGUAAUAUUUAUUUCUAUUUGAGUUAAACCUUCAAGGUAUAGGGUGUUCUACACUUAAAAGGAAUGAGGUGUACUGACUGUAUCUAGUUCUCCACUCAAGGGUAAAUUGAUGAGUGGUAUUAUUUUGCCCAUCAUUUCUUGUAAUUACACAUACUGUAGAAAGCAAAGUUGUUAGUGCAUCAGGAAAGAAUUCAUAUCACAACUUUGUUCACAAUGUGGUGUGUUUCAGCCUGAUUUCAAUGUGUACAUUUUCACUUUUAAUCAAACCCUGACACUCAACACCCCACAUAAACACAUGGUAGCAAGGAAGAACAGAAUGCAAUUCAGGACAAACAUCAGAUUUAAAAAAGAAAGAGGAGGAGGAUUAGAGGAACGUAUAUUUUCAUUUUUCAUUCAUUUUCCUAACUUCACUUCCAGAAAAAAAAAUGGUAUGGUCUGUCAUGUUCAGGAUCAAGAAAGUAGUUUACUGUUAAAAUACGGCUGGACAAAUGAAAGCAAAUCACUUUUGAUGACAGGAGAAAAAUAACAAAAUGUAACAGUCCAUCCAUCCAUUUUCCUUCCUGUGUAAUGUGAUUAGUUUCAUGGGCAUGCUAGAUCUUCAACUGACUUUGUCCGAGAUCCAGAUUACACAUUGGAAUGGUUGGUGGCCAACUGCAGGGCGCUUACAACCAUUCUCAAAUUUGUACCUGUGUACAAAUAAGAGUCCACACCUGGCUUCCUCCCACAUUCAAAAAUAAACAAAAUAUGUCCUUUUAUUAAAUGUUUUGUUACUUACUUUCCAAAAAGCAAACAUGAAAGAUGAUAAUGCCAUUAGUAUGCGCCAUUAUGUGAAUGGAAUAGUGGUUUGAUUGUCAGCUAAUUUAGAGACAUUAGCCAAAAUUCGCAGGUUGCAGAUCAUUACUCAGCCUGCAUUUUCCCCAAGAGAAGCUUAUUUAACCAUUCUGAAGCCCCUGCAUGGCAUGUCAAUGGUUGAUUUCAGGUCUCCUUUCUUCUUUUCAGAUUGAAAAAGGCAAGAAAAUUUCAUUUAGCUUUCCAUGCACCAAUUAGGUAAGCUGUUGAUAUGUUUCCUCUGUACUAAAUGAGAAUAUGCAACAAAAUGCAGCUGACUUAUUUCAGAUUUAAAGGUUCCAAAAUAACUGACAUCUGAAAGUUAAUUUCCAAUGUGGGAUCUUGUUGCAAAU